AUGCUAGCAGGGUUUAGGCUCUUUUUGAACACCUGUGCUUCACCACCUUUCCAGAUAUUCACCGGGAACCAGAACCUUGAGACUCCGGUCCUGGCUCUUUUCAACACGUCCACUGUGGCCCGUUACCUCCGGAUCAAUCCUCAGAGCUGGUACCAGAACGGGUCGUUGGGACACAUCUGCCUGCGAGCCGAGGUGCUGGGCUGCGCUGUGCCAGAUCCAAACAACAUCUACCCGUGGCAGACAGCGCCGGCAGAGCCUCAAGACAAACUGGACUUCAGACACCACAACUACAAGGAGAUGAGAAAGUUGAUGAAGUCGGUGACCGAGGCGUGUCCGAACAUCACACGCAUGUACAGCAUCGGGAAGAGUUACACGGGACUGAAGCUCUACGCCAUGGAGAUCUCUGACAACCCGGGGAAACACGAGCUGGGAGAACCAGAGUUUCGUUACGUUGCAGGGAUGCAUGGGAACGAGGUUCUGGGCCGAGAGCUCGUCCUCAACCUCAUGCAGUUCAUGUGUCAGGAGUACAAACGAGGCGACCAGCGCAUCGUCCGCCUGAUCCAAGACACCCGCAUCCACCUGCUGCCCUCAAUGAACCCCGACGGAUACGAGAUGGCCUUCAAGAAGGGCUCAGAACUGUCCGGCUGGGCUCUCGGUCGCUACAGCUACGAAGGAAUCGACAUGAACCAUAACUUUGCGGACCUGAACUCUGGGAUGUGGAACGCCAUCGAGGUGGAGACGGACCGCUCCAAACUCAUCAACCAUUACUUCCCCCUCCCGGAGAUGUACACCUCGGAGGAAGCCUUUGUGGCGCCAGAGACCCGGGCCGUCAUCGACUGGAUGCAGCACAUCCCGUUCGUCCUGAGUGCUAACCUCCACGGGGGGGAGCUGGUGGUCACGUACCCGUACGACAUGACUAUAGACUGGGCUCCAAGAGAGCACACGCCCACCGCCGACGAGAGCUUCUUCCGCUGGCUGGCCACCGCGUACGCCAGCACCAACAGGGUGAUGUCCAACCCGGACCGGAGGCCCUGCCACAACAAGGACUUCAGGAGAAACAACAACAUCAUCAACGGAGCCGACUGGCACAACGUACCAGGAAGUAUGAAUGACUUCAGCUACCUGCACACAAACUGUUUCGCCGUGACGGUGGAGCUUUCCUGCGACAAGUUCCCUCACGCCAGCGAGCUGCCGGUGGAGUGGAUCAACAACAAGGAGUCCCUGCUGGUCUCUCUGUCUCAGGUCCAUCGGGGGAUUAAAGGAGUCGUUCGGGACAGAGAGACGGAGGAGGGAAUAGCAGACGCCAUCAUUAAAGUGGAUGAUAUCGAUCAUCACAUUAGAUCAGUUUCAGACGGUGACUUCUGGCGUCUUCUGAACCCUGGAGAAUACAGAGUGACGGUCAGCGCUGAGGGAUACCUCUCCUCCUCCAGGAGCUGCCAGGUGUCGUACGACCUUUACCCCACAAUCUGUGACUUCAACCUCUCAAAGGUCCCCAUGAGGCUCAGAGACAGACCUGCUGUGGACCUGCAGCUCCGCCUGAGAGAGCUGCGUCUGAAGAAGCUCAGAGCCACGACUAAGACCCUCAACCAGAGGAGAACCGAGAACCAGAGGAGAACCAUCAACAAGAAGAGAACCAAGGCCAUCAACUAGAGGAGAACCCUCAACCAGAGGAGAACCGAGAACCAGAGGAGAACCAUCAACAAGAAGAGAACCAUCAACUAGAAGAGAACCAAGGCCAUCAACUAGAGGAGAACCAAGGCCAUCAACUAGAGGAGAACCGAGAACCAGAGAACCAUCAACUAGAAGAGAACCAUCAACUAGAGGAGAACCAAGGCCAUCAACUAGAGGAGAACCAAGGCAUCAACUAGAGGAGAACCAAGGCCAUCAACUAGAGGAGAACCAAGGCCAUCAACGAGAGGAGAACCGAGAACCAGAGAACCAUCAACUAGAAGAGAACCAUCAACUAGAGGAGAACCAAGGCCAUCAACUAGAGGAGAACCAUCAACCAGAGGAGAACCGAGAACCAGAGAACCAUCAACUAGAAGAGAACCGAGAACCAUCAACCAGAGGAGAACCAUCAACCAGAGAAC